AUGUUGCGUUGUUUCUAUUUCAAAACUCUUUCAUUUUCACUAUUCUUCUAUUGUGACAGGAUACUUCUAGCGCAGUUUUUCUCUCAAGCUAUUUUAAAGUUCGUUAUGUUCUCGAAAUCCGUCGCACUUGUCUUUGCCAUCGCCUUCGUUAUGGAGGUGGUGCGUGCCGCCGCCCCAGAUCCCGCUCCGGGUGGUGCCACUGAAAAGGAAUUCCCACUCGUAUGGGUUUGCCUCGGUAUUACAGUGGUAGGCAUUGGCAUUGCAUUGUAUGUUGCACACCGCCGUCCUGAUGAGCUUCACAUCCCUGGUGCAUCUGAUGAGGAAACGGAAGAAAUGACGCGCGCUGACGGACCUGAGAACAAUGAAAAUCCCGGCGCCAACGAAACGGCUGCUGAUGAUGGUGCAAAGAAGGAGCAGGCAACCGUUUGA